CGCUCAAUGCGGGUCUGAGUAGUCGUUGUAACGUCCAAAAGUGUCCCCCGCGAUGUGGCGGUGCUUGUGGCAACCCGCACCGAAGGAACGCAGACAACGCCGACAAGAUUGCCUGGAAAUCGGGUGUGGACUGUAACAGUACAAACGGAACCGAAUGCAAACGAAGAAGCGGCUUCUGUAACUCCAAAGAAUCUGGUGGCUAAGUCGCAUUAGCGGAAGCAGUUUGUUAUCACCACCCAAGAUUAGCACCAACGAUUGCAGUGUGCUGUCACCGAGUCAAGCUAGCAAGCACAGUAGUUCAUAUUUAGCCCGGUGGACUGCUUAAUGCUGUUUGGCCAAUAUUGCUUGUCAGGCUAACUCAUGAGCUUUUAGUUGAUCUCAUGAACUCUGAAAUCUGUGCAAACAUGUCCACCAUUUCGUUGGAUAAAGAACUCCAGGAGCGACUGAGAGAGGCGUCUGCAAUCGGGGACAUCGACGAAGUGCGGACAUUGGUUGAGAGUGGAGUAAACGUCAAUUCGCAAAACGAAAUCAAUGGAUGGACUUGCCUGCAUUGGGCAUGCAAGCGAAACCAUAAGCAGAUUGUGUCCUACUUACUUAGCAGCGGUGCAGACAAAGACAUCCUCACAGCUAAGGAAGAGCUGGCCUCACAGCUCACAUCCAAACCGGAGAUCAAACGGCUUUUAGGAGUUGAAGUGGAGGACGUGCCCGAAGUCAAGGAACCCGAGUUGCCAAUCAUCCCCAACUAUUUGUCCAACCCUCCCUUCUUAUACUCAAAGAUGGAUAACAAGAUGGAGCUCCUCCUUUCUCAGCACCUGGCACAAAACGGAUCGGCGGAACACACCGAGUCCAUGGACAGCACUUCGGCUCCACUUUCUCCAACUGGGCACUUUAAGACCUCGCAGAGCCUGCCGUCUGACGACCCUGUUCCACCGACAAACUCCGUCGCUCACAGCCAAGUUCAGCCCCGGGAAUUUGUUCCGGCGGCCGAGCAAAACGGCGCGCCGCCCGGUUUGGCCAACCACACGGUCGUAAACUGCACCGUGCCCGUGGAUCUGUCGGUGGAGCCGCAUCUCGUCAACCACGCCGUGCAGCACAACGGAAGCGUGCGCUCGCCCCCUCUGGCCUCGCCCGGCCCGGGUUUGGCUUGCGGCAACGGCGCUCCGGUGACCAACCCCAACCCGGCAGUGAGCAGACAGCAAUCCGUCCCGCAGCAGAUCGGCUACAGUCAAGCGGGUGGACCUUUGCCGGCGUUCCAGCCGUUCUUCUUCACCAGCACCUUCCCCGUCAAUGUGCAAGAAUUAGUACUGAAGGUGCGCAUCCAGAACCCAAACGCCCGUGAGAAUGACUUCAUCGAGGUGGAACUGGACCGCCAGGAGCUCACCUAUCGUUCUCUGCUGAGGGUCUGCUGCCGUGAAUUGGACAUCAGCUCUGAGCACGUGGAGAAGAUCCGCAAGCUACCAAACACUAUGUUGAGAAAGGACAAGGAUGUCGCCCGGCUGCAGGACUUUCAGGAACUGGAGGUUGUGUUGGAGAAAUCCGAGGGCUUGUCCUUGUUCUCCGGGCCGGGGGGGCUGACCGACAGACCCUGCUACAACAUGACGGCCUCGCGCCUCACCUACUAGACCCCCCCCCCGCCUCCCAGGUUUCCCUGCUUGGUUCGUUUCCAGUUCUCGAGCUCCUUGUCCUGAUCCGGGCCCUUUCGCUGCUUUGGUGUUCCUAACUUGUCGUCAGAGAUGACUGGAUGACGAGAGAUGACGUACGUGGGCCCCCUUCUCUCCUCCGCCUUGUGCCAAGGCUCCAGGGGAACCACAACAGGCGGGUGGGUCGGGGGCAUUAGCUUGUCUUCCUGGGGUUUCUGCAAUAGCCUUAUAUGGACGUGUCCAUCUCCAAGCAAGUUGUCACGCACUAUUUGCAUAGGCUGGAAGAUGUUCCAGCUUGCUUACACACCUUCGCACAUGCUGUUGCUUCAACCUUGGAGUCGCUGGAAUGGGUGGUCGCUUUUAACUGCUGUCUGCACACAAUGUGGAAAAGAAAACUUUGAGUUAUUUCAGUUUCCCACGUGUACCAAUUGAAGUUUGUUUUAAAAUCCCAGAUACCUCACCACCUCUUUUUUUUUUUAAGUUAUAUCAGUAAUGAGGCCGGGCAACUCCUUGACUAACAAGGUUGGCCGCACGUGAUUCUACCUUGGAUGUCCGCAGGUUGCAACUUUCUUUGUACGCUGCAAGGAAGUGUGCUCAAAACUAAGCUUAUUUCACCUGCUGGUAAGUAAGCAAACUACGGAAUAUCUCUGCAUCACAAAGCAAUGCAGCUCAACAAGUUUGUUUGUUGGGUCAAGUGGAGGGGAAUGAAAGUUCUUUUUUUCCAACGACAAAAUGGGGUGUUGCCUCCUUAUUGCACACCUUUCUAAUGCCUGUUUUUUUGGUUUCUAAUGGUAACUUUAUUCGAUUUUGACCUGACUAACCUAAAACUGCACUAACAAGCUGACGUUGCAUAUCAUUUUUUGUCUUCUUUGUUGAGAGCCUUGUGUCAAAUGGAAAUGUUAAUGCUGCUCUUCUAUGUACCAUCAUGUUCCAUUUCCUGACAGUGGUCCCACAAUCAAAAGGUUUCUUACCAAGUUCUAACAGUUUACUUUUCAUAGGUAUACCAGAAGCUCUUACUUUAUGAAAUCUAUUUUUUAUGAACAAGCAUAGUUUUGGUUGCAUUUGUUUUGAACCAAAUAGGCCUGUUGUGUUUGUGUCAAAACGUUAAAUGCCAGAAGUUCAAGUUCACGCAUGGUGUGAAAGAAAGUGCAAUGAGACAAUGUUAAAGACUUUACGAAGACGCGGCUAGACAGGGUGAGAGCGUCGUGUUCAAAAAGGAAUGAGUUUAUGGCUCAUGUUUGCUUCUGUGAAAAGGAGACUAACACUAUCGGUGGCUUUGUUUAGUGUUCUAGACUUAAAGCAGAAUACAGUUUGACUUAACCUAUGCAUCCAGAGUCUGAUAUUUUUAUAAAAGAUGUGUCCUGUUGUACUUGCAGAAAUAAUCGUAGGCACUGUUGAAGUUUUUUUUUUUUUUUUUAGUUUUGUUCUGGAGACCUGUUUAUGUUCUUUGAUAAAGCAUGGUGAAUGACCUCA